CGCGUAAUUACGCACGACUAGAGCUGGAGAGGAUUCCUCCGACAGUUGCCAUUUGCGAUGUGUGUGCGCAUUUGUCUGCGUGUGUGCUGGGCGUGGCUUUGCUCGUGCUAUUGAACGUUUUUUUUUUGUUUUUUUUUUUUCUAUUUUCUCCCCGCGUUCCGCCUCCUCUUGAAAACUGCAGUAAGGGAAGUUCUGACACUGUCUUUGCUACAGAGAUGCUUCAUCAAGCAAGUCUACGGCUAUCGCUGCAGAGACAUCACUACUAACAAACAUGUACAGACUGAUUGAGAUGGCGUUUGAAGCGCACACUUGUGGACUAUUUUGGGUUUAUAGAGCACAGACUUUAGUUUCGUUGGACUAAACGUGUAGGAUCACUGCAGCUCAAAGUCCCGCACUCUGACACUGUCAUGGAUCCGGGUUACAUCUUGAUUGAAGUGGCCAUCGCGGUGCUGUCGAUCGCCGGUAACGUGCUGGUGUGCUGGGCAGUGUCCAUAAAUAGCACUCUAAAAAACGCCACGAACUACUUUUUGGUGUCUUUGGCGGUGGCAGACAUCCUGGUGGGGUGCUUGGCCAUACCCUUCGCCAUCAUCAUCAGCAUAGGCAUCCACUUGGACUUUUACGGGUGCCUGUUCCUCGCGUGUUUCGUUCUGGUACUGACGCAGAGCUCCAUCUUCAGCCUGUUGGCCAUCGCGAUAGACCGAUACCUGGCUGUCAAGAUACCACUCAGGUACAAGGAGCUGAUGACGGGAAAGACCGCCAGGGAGAUCAUCGCUAUUUUAUGGACCUUAUCUUUCGUCAUUGGUCUAAUUCCAUUCUUUGGCUGGAAUCAAAAACGCAAAAGCUGUCGCAAUGGCACUUCAGGAGUCAUCAACACUACAACUACGGAAGCUGCGGAAGGUCAAAAAGCAGCGAGCUUACUCUACAGCUGCAAACUCAGGUGUUUCUUUGAAACCGUGGUGGACAUGCACUAUAUGGUCUACUUUAACUUCUUUGUCUGCGUGCUGCUCCCCCUACUAAUCAUGUUGGGGAUCUAUCUGAAGAUUUUCACUGUAGCCCGCAAGCAGCUAAGGCAGAUUGAGCUAAAAUGUGUUGGUAAUGGAGAGAGCCACCAUCAUGGACUGCUGCAAAGAGAAAUACGUGCCGCUAAAUCAUUGUCAAUAAUCGUAGGACUAUUUGCAGUCUGCUGGUUGCCUGUCCACAUUCUCAACUGUCGAACUUUAUUCUACCCCACGCUCUCGAAACCAGACGUUGUCAUGUAUGUUGCGAUCAUUUUAUCCCAUGCAAACUCCGCGGUGAAUCCCAUUAUAUACGCAUACCGGAUCCAGGAUUUUAGGGACACAUUUCGGAAAAUCCUGGCGCAAAAUUUUCUCUGCCGCAAAGAGGAGUUGUAUCUUAGUUCAAAUGGCAGCAAACGAAACAAAGACCAAAUCCACAUGACCAUAGACCCUCUGCUAUAGUGGAACGUUUCUUCAGUUUUUUAUGGAAAAUGUUUACAAAAAGGGUUUGAUAUGUGAAGUUAAAGACGCCUUGAAUGUUUAUUUAUUAGAAUCAGGGCUCUAAAAAUGGUCUUACCUUUGUAUUGUGAAGGUUUUUUAAUGGCUAACUGGAUUUGUAAACCUGUGAAUAGUAUCCAGACUUUACUACAGACCCUUUAAAAUGCUUUGUGAUCAGAAUGUUCAAAACUCCAGAGUGGAGGCAAAAUGAAGCAUGUAAUAAUACGUUUUAUUAAGUGACAUCAGAUUUAAAUGCUACUGUCUUUAUUAUUUAAGUAAACAGCAAUUUUGAAUUGCCAGGGUAAAAAUAUCAGUUCUUCUUCGCUAAUAAGAAUGUUUUUUUCAAGCCUCACAAUUGUAUUUGAACUUCACUGUAAUUUCACUAUAAUUUAUACUUUUUAUGAAAUUUCUAAUAUAUAUGAAGCCAAAUUGAAAACAAUAGUGGUAAAACCUAAAAAUCUGUUCCUUCAUCAAAAAUGCAUAGAGAUUAUUUAAUAUUCUAUUAAAUAAACAUCAUGUUCUGCUUCACUUUUGCCUCCACUUGACUCCAUUCUGGAAUUUAUAAUGUUUUUGUUUACACAUUUUUCAGGGUCAAUUGAUAUUUGGCAGCGACAUUACGCUGGGGGUGUUCUGCAUGUAUCUCUAAUGGUGGAAUAUUUAGGGGUUACUAUGGUGACACAAUGCACACAUUUGUAAACACUGUCAACAAGUUUUAAGUCUGAAAACACAAGAAAAAUACAAAAUGGAUUUAACUAUUCAACUAAUUUUCAGGAGCCAGUGAUCAUUACGAGUGCUCAUGGUCCUGUUUGGGUGUUUGAUUUUCAGCAAAAAUGGUGAUAAACUGUUGGCUAAUGCUAGCUAGCCUGUGACUGUAAUGUUAUUUGAGAGGGACAUGUUUAACAGCACAAUGGUCAGAUUGUGUUGAUUAUGAUCAACACAGUCUGACCAUAAUCUUUUUAUGGUCAGAUUAAAGUUUAACAAGCCUCAGACAGAGCAGUGCCUACAGUUAGCAUCACACCCCCCAGGGAAUGUUGAUGACAUCAGCUGCAAAGUAUCAGUACAAACACUAUUUAUCGAAGAAAGUCACCUUGUUACCACUCAACAACACUCCUGCUAUUUUAUACAUUGCCAGUGUUAUUAACUUAUUUAUUAUGUUGAGAAUGUAAUGAUCAAAUUAUGUGGCUUUAUUUGUACUUGACUUAGAAACAGUCAUUUUGUGGUAGACAAGUUCAAGGUUCACCUCCUCCAAAAUUAAAGGGCCUAUAUUGUGCUUAUUUUCUGAUUUACUGGUAUGUUAUAAUGUCGUUUCCUCAUCGACUCACACACCCUGUGUAUUUAGGCUGAUUUCUUCUCUCAAACAGAAAACACUCUGUUCUACCUCGUGACGUCAUGUGGUAAUACAGGAAGUGCUCAUAACACCUUCUCUAGAAUAAUUUGGUUGAUUUCAGCAUUGGAAGGUGGUACAGAGCAUUUUGAGCUUUGGAGACGCAGACAGACCAAUAAUAAAGGAUUACUCAAACAAGUGUGAAUGAAACACAACUUCUGACAUGUUUUUGAAGAGGUAACAACAUUAUAACAUAGCUUACAGCUCACAAGAACCCAUUUUGUGUAAUAUGGGACCUUUUAAGUGUAUUACAACUGACCAGCUGCUUAUUAUGUGAAAAGAUGGCAAAAUAAGGAUUUUUCAAACAGUACUGUGCAAACUAUGUGAGACAUUUUAGUGAAGAUAAAUAUAACCGGGACAGUAUUUUAAGUUCUAUUGUUUUAAGUUAGUAGUGAACAAAAGAACAAAAUAUUCUUUUCAAUAGAUUCUUCACCAUUGUGAGAAAUCCGAGACCUGAGGCUCGAUGAAAAGAGCCUUUACAUUGGUCAGUAUCAUUACCAUUGCGAGAUAGGAACAGUGAGUUGGGACUGAACCAGGGACUUUAGUCCUUAUUGUCUGUUUUUUAAUAUUGUGCUUUUUGUACAUGUGUUUGUUUAUUGCCUUUGAAUUGAGGAAGACUUUUAGUGUGCAUUAUUUCAUUGUAGAUACUUUAGUUGCCUUUAACCAAGUGCCAGAAAUUCCACACCAAAUCUCAUUCAAACCUGUGUAAGCAACUGACUGGUGAAAUGAUGGCCUAUUUAGUACGAGGAAGUAGUUCUCAUGGUAAUUAAUUGGUUGAUGAUGUCUCAGUCAACCAAAUUCUUUAGUCUUUUUCUUUAUUUAGUCAACUAAAUAUUUUAUUAAGAUGAAAACGUUUUAUACAGACCACAGCAGAGAGGAGAAUGCAUGGAGUGAAUUAGUUGAAGCGUUGGAAGUGACUGGGCACUUUAAUCUGCCUUUUCAUUUGCCAUGUAUUAUUAGUACUUCUCUGAUACAUAGUAUUUUGGCCCGAGAUCUUAACACUUUUCAGCUUUUGUCAGUACCACACCGUCUUUUAGUCAAUUAAUCAAAGUACAGGGCAUGUCUUUAGUCGACUACAGCCAUAUUUGGUAAAUAUGAAAGUGACGGCUGCAGCUGGAGCAGGCCAUGUUUCGUAUUUUUUCUACAAACAAGAGCUCAGGAUGUUAAUGUCGAAUUUAUGGUAACGCCUCCGCAGUACAGACAGACCAUCAGAGCAAUUUGAGCUUUUUCUGUAUCCUCACACAGGCCUGUCACGAUAAUUAAUAUAACGACUUCUCAUUCAAUACAUAAUAGAAGGAACAAUCAUAUUUAGGGAUCAGUAUAUAUCGUGGGUACUUUUUCACUGAACUUGUGGGGUCUUUUUUCUUUUUUUUUUCUGCAAUAUAUAUAUUUUAGCUAGGGGUUAAAUUACAAAUUGUUGCAUUCUACUUUUUAUUUAUUGCAGUUCAACAAUAUUUAACAAUAUUGUACAUUUAGAAUAGUUUUUGUGGAUAAUUCUGCUUUAUGGUGCGUGUUCAAUAGUAUUAGUUAUGGUCUAUAUUUAUUUUAGCAAUAUAUCAAACUUCAGAUUUGUUAUCGUGACAGGCCGACCCCCACACCCACACCCCCUCAUCUCUGUUACAAUCAGGCCCGUCGACAGAAAUUUGGACACAUGGGCCCGUUUUAAUGUAAAUUAAUAGGAAGAGGGUCCAGUUUUGGGCCUCUAAAACCCAACAGACCCCUUUGCCCCUGCUAUGUUUACUGCCCUGGUUACAAUCAAUCCUUUCCUUCAAUAACCAUGCAUAGCUUUAUACACUACUUAAUCCAGUUGUAUUACAAAGCAAAAAUGCAUCUAACACUUAAGAGAAACCACAGAAUAAAAGAGUGCAAACAAAUUAAAUUAACCUGUGUGGCCUUAGUGUGAUCAAUCGGCCUGUCAAUACCUAAUGCUAUUUUAAUGAUCAGCCAUUGUCUCUCAUUAGUCAUUUAGCGUCAGACAGAAGCUGUGACCUGAGUCUACCUCCUAGGUCACAUGUUGAGACUGACCAGAUGUGAACAGGACAGACAGAGGUUUUACUGCUUAUCAAUACAUUCCCACCAAUCAAUAUCAGAUGAGAGGAGGUCUGAUAAGGCAGGGGUCAGUGUGUCUGGGUUUAAUGGGGCGGUCCUUUGGUAAGACAAUAUGAUGGAAUUUAGG